UGUGUGUGGAGCUGCGUCUCUGCACAGACCGGAGCUGCAGAUCCGCAGAUCCACACCGGAGCAUCUCUGAGCGGAGCUGGGGAGAGACGGGCAGAGACGGGGAGAUGCGGGCAGCGGGAUGCGGCGCGGCGCGGACUGUCAGCAGGACGGCCGGACGAGACGCCAAUUGAUUUGUGUCAUUACCGGCAUUGUUGGAUUUCUUUUAUUUUCUUUUUUUCCCCCCAAUCCCCGUGUGAAUCUGGAUGUGUAGGACAACAGUAAUGGAGCGUCGAUCCAGAGCGUAAGAGGUGUCGACCGUCUGUUUGUGGCCCAAUGUUACAGACAAUAAGCGAAGGAAACCAGCCAUUACACACAGUGGCAUCUUGUGAUUUGUACCAGCGGACACCUCUAUCUGCAUUUUUAGUUUCUAUUAUGACAAGGAGGAAAUCUGAAUGUCUUAUAAACAAUUUAUUUUUAAAUCACUGAAUGGCUAAUUAAAGGCUCCAUAAAGGUUUGUUAUCAGUUUUAAUUUGCUUAAUAUAAACUGUCUACCUGUGUUUUACAACAAGAAAGAGAAGCCAGUCAUGUCAAAGAUUAAGAGCAGUGAGUCCGUGAAGGUGGUGGUUCGAUGCCGUCCUUCCAACCGGAAGGAGGAGUCCAGUGGGCCUGCGGGGAGAAUAGUGGAGAUGGAUCUCCGUCUGGGACAGGUGAUCCUCAGAAACCCCCGUGCACCGUCAAGUGAGCCCCUGAAAACAUUCACGUUUGAUGCUGUCUACGAUGCCAACUCCAAGCAGCGAGACCUGUAUGACGAGAGCGUGAGGCCGCUCAUCGACUCGGUGCUUGCUGGGUUCAAUGGCACCAUCUUUGCAUAUGGGCAGACUGGCACCGGAAAGACGUACACCAUGCAGGGAGCCUGGCGUGACCCGGAGAAGCGUGGUGUGAUUCCCAACGCCUUCGACCACAUCUUUACACACAUCUCCCGCUCCCAGUCUGACAGGCAGUACCUCGUCCGGGCCUCCUACCUCGAGAUCUAUCGCGAGGAGGUCCGCGAUCUCCUUGACCCCAACCAUGGCAACGCCAAAGGUCUGGAGCUCAGAGAGAGUCCAGAGACCGGGAUGUAUGUUCAGGAUCUCACAUCAUGCGUCUGUAAAAGCAUUAAAGAGAUUGAGGAGGUUAUGAAUGUUGGUAACCAGGCGAGGGCGGUUGGGGCAACGGACAUGAACGAACACUCGUCCAGGUCCCAUGCCUUGUUUCUCAUCACAGUGGAAUGCAGCCAGCCCGGCCCAGAUGGUCGGAAACACAUUCGUGUAGGGCGCCUUAACUUGGUGGAUCUGGCGGGCAGCGAGCGCCAAACCAAGACUGGCGUCCAGGGAGAGCGCCUUAAAGAAGCAGCCAAGAUCAAUCUUUCCCUUUCGGCCUUGGGGAACGUGAUCUCGGCCUUGGCGGACGGGCGCAGCAGCCACGUGCCCUACCGGGACUCCAAGCUGACCCGGUUGUUGCAAGACUCUUUAGGUGGGAAUGCAAAGACCGUCAUGGUUGCCACGCUUGGCCCGGCCCAAGUGCACUAUGACGAGACUCUCACCACGCUUCGGUACGCCAACCGUGCCAAGAACAUCCAGAAUCGGCCCAAAGUCAACGAAGAUCCCAAAGACGCCCUGCUGCGUGAGUUUCAGAAAGAAAUCGGUCGUCUCAGGGCGCAGCUCAACCACAGGAAGUGGAGGAGCAAACAGAAGAACGAGCAGGUGGAUGGCGAGGGCUGGGAACAAUAUGGGGAUGAUGAGACGGAGGGUGAGGACGAGGUGGAGAAGGACGCAGAGGAGUACGUGAAGCUGGAAGAACAGCGCUUGGAGAGGGAGAAAGAGGCCAUCAGAGAGGAUCAAUUCCUGCUGGCUGAGGAAAAGCAGAGGCUGCUGGGAGAGAAGGAGAGGAUGAUGGGAGAUCUGAGGAAGGAGCAGGAGGCCACAGAGCAACUCACCGCCAAGUACAAGGCGAUGGAGAGCAAGCUGCUGGUUGGGGGGAAGAACAUCAUCGAUCACACCAAUGAGCAGCAGAAGAUGCUCGAGAUGAAACAGCAGGAGAUUGCUGAUCAGACGCGUACGGAGAGGGAGAUGCAGCAGCAGAUGCUGGUCCAAGACGAAGAGACGGUGGAGCUCAGGGACACUUUCUCUUCUCUGCAACAAGAGGUCGAAGCGAAGACCAAAAAGCUCAAAAAGCUGUUCGCCAAGCUCCAGUGCAUCAAGGGCGACAUCAUGGACAUGAACGACGAGCACGUGAGGACCCGGCAGGAGCUGGAGCAGAGUCAGAAUGAGCUCACCAGGGAGCUCAAGUUCAAGUACCUGAUCAUCGAGAACUUUAUCCCUCCAGAGGAGAAGAAUAAGAUCAUGAACAGGCUGAAGUUCGACCCGGAGGAGGAUCAGUGGAAGUUCCAGCCUCUAGUUCCUGCUGAGAGUAAAAGCUCACAGAUGAAGAAAAGGCCAAUAUCUGCGGUCGGAUACAAGCGGCCCAUCAGCCAUCACGCCUUAGCAAAGGGAUGUCAUUCCAGAUACAGGGCUGAAAACAUCAUGCUGCUGAACCUGGAGAUGACUCCUGCGUACGCCUCGUCGCUGGAGCCGGACCAAAGCCCCUCUCAGGACAGCUCUCCCACCAAGGACAUUCACAAGUCUCGCUCCUGGUAUCAGAUGCAAAAGUCCGGCACGCUUUACUCUUCAAGUGAUUCAUUGGGGUCGUAUCGUGAUGACACUCCCACAGAGGCCCGGUGUCAGAUGCAAAAAUCCAGCACCUCUUACUCCUCUAAUGAUUCCCCGGGGUCGUAUCCUGGUGAAACAGCCACACAGGCCCAGUAAAGCUUUGGUUCCACUGUUUUCUUUCAUCAUUAUUUUAAUUCAUUUCAUCCUUUCACGUCUGCUUCCGUUUGGCCGGUGAGCCUCUACGUGACAUUUCGUUGAGGUCUGCCGGUAGAACCCAAACGCAUCACUUCUGAUUCUGAUACCAGAGAGUGUGUGUCCGCCGGUGGGUCCACCCUGCUGAGAACUCUCCGUUGGCCUGCAUCACCCACUUUAUUUAUUUCUUCGUCUUUUAUUUAUUUAACAUAGUUUUUCCACCAUGAGUACCAAACAGAGAGUGCUUGCUUUCAAACUGGCAAAGGAUGAGCUCGUCACACCUCAACCCGUUGGAGACCCCGGUAUGCCGACUAUCAUCAUCUCGUACGAGAGCUGCUAUUAUAAGGAGUCCUGUUCCACGCCUGUCUUAGGUAACGAUGGGACUAUUUUAAGUCAGACGUCUUCAAAGUACAGCAUCCAGGGAGAUGAUUACCCCCAGCGUGUGUGCACCUGUCACCUCUGGGACGGACUAUGUGGGUCGUUUAUAAUUUAACACGGUGCUUUUACAUUCUUGCUUCCACAUCAUUAUAAUUAAUGUUAUUAUCAUGAUUAUCAUCAGGAGUCUGGCUGCUCUCAUUCCUCACAUGAGGGACAGAUCUGAAGAGAGAACAUUUCUCUUCUAUUUACUUUACUUGGUUACCCAUAAAAGAAUAAAUAAAGGACAGUGACAACAAGAGCAACUUUCAGACAGCUCUUCAACAGGCAACGACACCUUGAAGAGAGACGGAGUGCUCUGAAGUGAAAGAGUGCUUUUCCUCAAAGCGGGCACAUACCUGUACGUGCCCUCCUCACCAGGAACAAAUAAGGGGAAAUAAAAGAUACUAGCACUGAGAAAGAAGUGCUGUGUGGACCCUAAAUGACCUCAUAAACCUCAAAAACUCUCUAAAAUAUAACUUCCUCCUGUUGUUCGGAUGGACAGAACCACCUCACAUCCUUCCUUUGCUCUCUUGCAUGUUUGAGACCAAGAGCUUUAGAUCGUACUUUUAAAGGACUGACUGCAGUGCUGAACUGCCCCGACUUAAUGUGUUUUUAUGUGUGUGUGUGUGUGUGCGUGUGAGUGUGUGAUCACACCCCUGUUUGUGUGUCAAAUAGUGACCAAUACAGAUCUGAAAGCGCACAAAUGGCUUGAAAAGUGUAAUAUAUCUGCGUAAAUAUUCCAUGUGUUCAGGUUUUUUCAGGUCAGGUUCGGUUAGUUUUCUGUGUAAAAGAAAGAAAGUGGAGGAGUUUACCGAUGUGUUGGGUUUUUGGAUGUGAGCACAGUUAAAAAAGAAAAUGAAAAAGAUGUGUGAAGAUGUUGGUCAGAUGAGGUGCUUUAAAACCUAAAUGAUGACCUUUAUCAUACCUGUUUGUCCCCAGUCGUCUUUCUUGUCCUUUCACCGUAUCUAAUUUAACUGCAAUGUCUUUAAAUAAACUCAAUAAAAUGAACAA